AUGGCUGAACCUAUUCGCAACAAGCGCCUCGACCCGGCCACUGCGCCCACGCCGCAGAACACCCCUCUUCAGAAUGCACCCAUCUCUUCGCAUGCCCAGCAGCCUGGCGUUGCGAGCAUCAAGGAGGAGGACUUUGACCGCGCCGCUGCCGCCUCCAUCUUCGCUCAGAACCCCAAGCUCGUCCAGAUGAUUCAGGGAAGACUUGGGUCCCUCGUCGGCCGAUCCUCCGGUUACAUCGAGUCGCUGCCACCCCAAGUGCGCCGUCGCGUUGCCGGCCUGAAGGGCAUCCAGAAGGAGCACUCCAAGCUCGAGGCCGAGUUCCAAGAGGAGGUUCUCCAGCUCGAGAAGAAGUACUUUGCCAAGUUCACUCCCCUCUAUGAGAAGCGUGCCACGAUCGUUAAUGGAGGCUCUGAGCCAUCCGAGGAGGAGAUCAAGGCUGGUGAGGAGGACGACGAGGAGGACGAUGAGAACGAUGAUGCCGAGAAAACUGACAAGGCCGACAAGUCCGCCGAGUCAUCUGAGCCUGUCUCUGGUAUUCCCGAGUUCUGGUUGUCUGCCAUGAAGAACCAGAUCUCCCUUGCCGAGAUGAUUACCGACCGUGACGAGGCCGCCCUCAAGCACCUUAUCGACAUUAGGAUGGAAUAUCUCGAUAAGCCCGGUUUCCGCCUCAUCUUCGAGUUCGCCGAAAACGAGUUUUUCACGAACAAGACCAUCACCAAGACCUACUUCUACCAGAACGAGAGCGGCUACGGCGGCGACUUCAUCUACGACCACGCUGAGGGUGACAAGAUUGAGUGGAAGGAGGGCAAGGAUCUGACGGUCAGAGUCGAGAGCAAGAAGCAGAGAAACAAGAACACCAAGCAGACCCGUAUUGUCAAGAAGACGGUACCCACCGAGUCUUUCUUCAACUUCUUCUCGCCCCCCCAGGCCCCUGCCGACGAGGACGAUGAUGCUGCCUCUGACAUCGAGGAGCGCCUGGAGCUCGACUAUCAACUGGGCGAGGAUAUCAAGGAAAAGCUCAUUCCCCGUGCGAUCUAUUGGUUCACUGGUGAGGCGUUGGCAUUUGAAGAGCUGGAGGACGACGAUUUGGAGGGUGACUACGAUGAUGAGGACGAUGAAGACGAGGAUGACCUUAGCGAGGGCGGUGAUGACGAUGAGGAGUCUGAGGAUGACGACGACACCGGCAAACCCAAACAGGAGGCGGCCGAGUGCAAGCAGAGCUGA